GGGGGAACAAUCCAGAUAACUAGUUAUAGUGCCUACAUGAUCAUUUUCUUCUAGUAAAACAAAAUAACAUUGCUUGGUGUUUAUAACACAUACACACCAUUUGUCAAAAAAAACCCAAACAAAACAAACAAUAUAUUGCAUUGCUGGCUCAAUUAAAAGUCACAUCAGAUCAAAUAAAACAUUAAAACCACCUCCACCUGACAUGGCUGACCAAUUAACAGAAGAGCAGAUCGCUGAGUUUAAAGAGGCAUUCUCUCUGUUUGAUAAGGAUGGAGAUGGAACCAUCACCACAAAGGAACUAGGAACAGUGAUGAGAUCAUUAGGUCAAAACCCAACUGAAGCUGAACUCCACGAAAUGAUCAACGAAGUGGAUGCAGAUGGGAACGGUACCAUCGAUUUCCCAGAGUUCCUGUCCCUCAUGGCGAGGAAAAUGAAAAACGUUGACAUCGAGGAGGAGAUCAGGGAGGCGUUUAAAGUCUUCGAUAAAGAUGGCAACGGUUUCAUUAGCGCAGCGGAGCUGCGACAUGUGAUGACCAACCUGGGAGAGAAGUUGACAGACGAGGAAGUGGAUGAGAUGAUCAGAGAAGCUGACAUUGAUGGCGACGGACUGGUCAAUUAUGAAGAAUUUGUUCAGAUGAUGACCACUAAAUAAAGUGGACCAUCGCUUCAAGCAGUUAAAUGUUUCAACUACCUAAUAUUGUACAAAUGUAGGGUGUAACCAUAUUACAACAAAAUGAUUUUGUUGUGAUAAUUAAUCUCAGCAAAUAAAUGUUAUUAUUAUUAUUGUAUAGUGCUGUUAUUAAUUGCAAACCCAAGACCUGUACAUAAUCCCACAUUAGCUCAGCUAGUUUCAAGUUUUUAAACCCAGGUCUGUAGGUUAGUGACAUGUAGAGUGAAUUCUAUUAGUACCAGGCUACUAUUAAUGCUAGGCUAAAACAAGAAGCCGAAAAAGAAGACGGCUGAAAAUAUAUUAUACUUUUUUGAUCAAUUUUUUUUUU